AACGGCUUUGACAUGCUCUGAAAUUACUUAAAAGCUGUAAAAGUUGGCUUUUCAUAAAUUUCUAUUGAUUUGCCACAAAAUUUCAUCCACGUUUACAGAAUGGCUCACGGAAUCAUUACCGCCGAACAGCUAAUGCAUCAUCGUCACAUCGCGCAGCAGAUUAUAAAUUUUCGAAAGCACUGGAAGGAGAACUAUAGCUGGUAUCCAGAAGCACAGACGCAGCAGUAUUCGCGCUUCAACGACAUCUACAAAGAGAGUAUAGCCAAAUACGGCGAAGAGGAGUUUAAGAAAUAUGCCGUCAUGAAGCGUCUAAGGGGCAUACACACUGCAGUCAUCGACACUCGCAAGAGAGAGGCGGAGCAGAAGAAAUGGUGCUAUCCGAUGAACUACAUGCAAGGCAUUAAGCCCUCGGUUACCACAAAUGGUGAUUAUAGCCUGAUACCGCCGGCUCAUCAUCAUUUCUGUCAAAAACACACACGCUAAGUCUAGGGCCAGUAGACGGCAUCGGAUGCUGCGAUUAAGUAUGGACAUUUUAUUGAACGAAAUAUUUCUGCUCAGAUGAU